AUGGCCGACGAAAAUUAUCACUCAGCCGAAACGUUGGCCCUGUUGAACGGCCCUUGUGGCCUGCGGACAGACAUCCCGGAACCGAAACGCAAGCGACGUUGGCAGUGGAGCAAGCGGGGUGAAAAACAGCGUCGCCCGGUGACCGCCAAUCGCCGUCAAGUGCGAGAAGAACGGGGCAAGCGAUUGCAACUAACCCGCAGUGGGUUGAGCGAACGGAGCUUCGCGCACGUGUGCGAGACCGGCGGCAGUCUUGUAACUGUCGGCAAACGUUACCCUCUCCGAAAAGUCGUCCGCAAACUGGGCCUCGUCAUACGCAAGUUGUUCAGAAUGGAUACGCCGCGAGGCUUGCAAUCUGCAUCGGUCGCUUUGUCGCUUGCGUAUCUUGCCCGAGCUUGGUUCGCCAAUCUGUGGACCGAGUUCCACCGCCCAACACGUCCAUCACUUCUUCGCUUCCUGACCGCCCUGAAAACCCACCAGAUCAGCCACACUUCACCCUCGACGCGUAAGACCAACAUUUCAACGGAUGGGGAUGAAAGCUUGCCGCCUCUGGUUUGCGUGCUGAAUCGAUCGGGGGAGCUAUUGUUCAAUCGCUCGGUGGCGAAAGAUGCGGCGGUUGUGACGCGCGCCACUUCAUGGCAUGGUCGUCGGCGACACCUGGCAAUCGAAGCCUGUUGUGGCUCGGCGGACCUCGCCGACGAGCUAACUGGCCGUUACGGCCUCACGGUGCAGAUGGUCCACCCAGGCUACGCCACCCGCAUGCAACGCUCGCCCAAAAAGACUGACUGGGGCGACGCCCAUUUGCUGGCCGACCUGACACGGAUCAACUACCUGCCUCGGGACGUCAAGCUCUGUAUCCGAGGAAUCCGUUUGGAGUGUAUCGAUGCCAAUGCGUGGACGAAUGCGUUACUCUUGCGGAUCGCUUCGACGGACCUUGCCCCGAGCGACCGUUGGCUCAUGGUGGAUAACCUCAAAAAACUCACCUCUCUGAGGCGACGCAGCAAAGAGGUCGCAGAUUACAUCGUAGACCGAGUGGAGGACGAUCCAAUUUUCGUGAGGCUGAUGACCUUCCAGGGCGUCGACCUCGUGACCGCUCCGACAAUGCGGGCUGAGAUCGGCGACUUCACACGGUUCGACACGGGUAAACAACUCGCCCGAUUCUGUAGCGUCACGCUACGCAACACGUCCAGCGGAACUCGCCAGGCCGACUUCGACUUGAUCAGGGUGGGCGCGCCCGAAUUGCGGCAGGAAACCCAAGAAUGUGGUGAUUGCGGCGGCCACCAACCGCUGGAUGCGGUGACUGCAUCCUCAAGUACAAAGGGACCCGGCGACCUCGACUUCGGCUCAACAAGAGGGGGCCGCCCUCACUAUCGUAUCGGCCUGAUUGGGGUGGAGUUCGACACGAUGGCGAUGACUGGAGAACAUCAAGUCAAGCGAUUUUCGGAAUCCGGCGGGGAAGUAAGCUCGAAGCAGCCCGCGGCAUCAAGGCUCGUCAAUGGAUAG